CCCCCCCCCACCGCGCCAUGUCCACCUUCGACGAGGAUCCCUUCGGCGACCCCAUGCAGGACGAGUCCCUCGACCAGCAGCAACAGCAGCAGCCCGAGGAGGUGGACGAGUCUCCCUUCGAUGGGGAGGACGCGGCCCUGGCGGCUGAUGACGCCUACUGCUCGGACGACGUGUCGUCCAUGACGGCCAUCGCCGACCGGUCGGCCUUCGACCCGACCGAGAGCAUCGUCGCCCACGAGUCCUCCUACCAGCCGGAGGAGGACACCGAGGAGACCCUCAGCCCGGCGGCGGCGGCCGUGGCCGCCAUCGCCUCGGCCAAGCCGGCCCCGGUGGCCACCGAGAAGGAGGAGGCCCCGGCCGUCGAGGACAUCGCGCCCACCUACGCCGUGACUCCCAUCCUGGACGAGACCACCGAUGCGUCCGUUGCCGACAUCCCGACCACUCGCCUGACCGAGGUUUCGAUUCGCCCGGCCGCCUCGGGGGAGUAUGCCACGCCCCCGAUCACGGUGCGCGUCUUCGCCCCGGAGAAGAUCAGCGAGGGUCUCAGCAGCUACGCCGUGUACACCAUCGCGGCCGAGAUCAACUCCCCCAGCUUCAGCAAGACCUCCAUCAAGUGCCCCCGGCGCUACUCGCACUUUGACUGGCUCUUCAACCAGCUGACCGCCAACUACCCGGGCCAUGUGGUCCCCCCGAUUCCGGACAAGGACGCCCUGAAUCGCUUCGAUGAGAAGGUCCUGGAGAUGCGCCAGGUGGGCCUGGAGCGCUUCCUCCGUCGGCUGGUCACGCACCCGGAGCUGCACAAGUGCGAGGAGGUGGUCCUCUUCUUCGAGUCGGACGACCUGGACGCGGCCAUCAAGUCCUGGUCCAAGCGGCCGCCGAGCCUCGGCGUGCCGGCCCCCGCGCCGGCCCCCUCCUCCGGCGGGUUCUUCUCCUCCUUCACGUCGAGCCUGAGCACGGCCAUGUCGAGCGCGGUGCAGAGUGCCAGCUCGUCCUUCGCCAAGUUCGCCGAUCCGGACCCCUUCCUGGCGGCUCGGCGCAGCCACAUCGAGAUGUUCGACGCCCGCUUGCAGAACCUCCACCGGAUUCUGCUGCAGUUCGAGAAGGCCCACUCGCAGCGGGUGGCCCAGAUUUCCCAGUUCGCCGGGGCCCUGGAGGCCGCGGCCCAGACCGAGAAGGACGGGUCGCUGGCCGGUGGCGCCGGGCAGCCCGGCAGCCGGGUCCUGUCGCAGGCCCUGGCCGAGCUGACCGCCGCGCAGACCCAGUACGCGGAGGCCUUCGCGGCCGGCUUCAGCACCGGGUCCACGGCCAUCUCGCACUGUGUGCAUGACUACAUUCGCUUCUGCGCGUCCAUCAUCACCGCCUUCAACCAGCGUGCCAAGAUCCACCACGGCUGGCAGACUGCCCAGGCGAACCUGGAGAAGGCCCGGCAGAACCUUGCCAAGGUCCGCUUCACCGGGAACACCCGCAAGAUCGAGGUCGCCGAGCAUGAGACCAAGCAGGCGGAGAAGGCCUGCGAGGAGGCCCAGGAGCAGUUUGAGCGUGUGACCAAGACCCUGCGCACGGACCUGGACCUGUUCGACGCCCAGCGUCUGGAUGACUUCCACCUGGCCAUCGAGUCGCUGGUGUCCCAGCUGAUCCAGGCCUACGAGACCAUCAUCGCCAAGUGGCGGGAGUGUGUGGCCGCCCUGGACCAGCUGGCGGCCUGAGCGAGUGUGUGUGUGUGUAGGUGAGCCGGGGAGUGUCUCAUCUCUCUCUCUCUCUCUCUCUCG